UUUCGUUCAGUCGCAAGUGAAAGGAAUGUAAAGUUUCUCGAGGUCAAAAACUGAGGUACUAACGAUUUAUUUAUUUUCUCUUAAUUCAGUGGUAACGAAUCAUACUUUGUUAGUUGUCAAGUAAUUAUUAAAGCAUGUUCAAAAAUAUAUUUAGCUUUUGCGUAUUAGCAACAAUUCUUUCAAUUGUUCAUUGUGCAUCUCUUCAUGGACUUCCCCAUUGCCCUGAAGAAUAUGGAGAACAAGCUUAUCCUCAUCCAGAAGAUUGUGCUUCUUUUUUCCUUUGCACUAAUGGAACUCUAACUCUCGAGCACUGUGAAAAUGGUCUUCUCUUCGAUGGGCACGGCGCAGUACACCAUCACUGUAACUAUUACUGGGCUGUCGAUUGCAAAGGACGUAAAGCUGAUCCGACCCCAAUUAGUUCCCCAGGAUGUGAAUAUCAAUUUGGGCUAUAUGCAGACAGUGAUUCUUGCAGCACUACGUAUAUUAAAUGCAUCUACGGUGAACCUCAUCAUGAAUCAUGUACACCUGGUCUUGUUUGGGAUGACAAGAGCCACACUUGUAUCUGGCCAGAUCAAUUAAUUCCGUAUUGUAAUCCAGAAGCUGUAGUUGGUUUUAAAUGUCCUCAAAAAGUUCCCAAACACACAACUGCAGCUAAAUUUUGGCCCUUCCCAAGAUUUGCCGUUCCAGGAGACUGUGGGCGAUUGAUUACUUGUGUUGAAGGACAUCCCAGACUUAUUACCUGCGGUGAUGGACAACUUUUUGACUCUGUCACGUUAAGUUGCAUGGAUCCCAAAGAAUAUCCAUUAUGUGCUAAAGACGUUUAAGUCAUAACCGGGAAAUUCAAAGCAAAUGUCAAUAUAUAUUUAUAUAUAUAUAUAGUCGGAAUGACAUAUCGACGAAUACGUGUUCAAAGACAUUAACAAGUACAAUUUUCUGAAGUUACAAAACGUUUAUGAAGAGAAAUAUACUUGAAUAAAACAAUUUGAAUCGGCUAUGAAAUUUUUCCUGUCUUGUGACCUGGUUCUCAAAAAAAAAAUAUUUGAAAAUUAUAAUUCGGAAAUAUUUUAUCUGAUCGAAAUCAAAAUUAUUAUU